AUGUGUUUAACAAUAGCUACGUUUCCAUCUAUUUCUUGAAACAUUUUCAAAUAUUCAUAAAAAAAAAUAUGUACAUUUUAACGGUAGCGGUGUGUUUCCAUCAAACUGGCUUGUUCCAUCAAAUCCUGUGUGUAAUAACGUAGUGUGCAUAAAAAGCACUUUGUCAUAUAGCUUUUCAUUUGCCGAAUAAAAAACAGAAGUUCUUGGUUUUCCAUCCCAUUUCUCUGCCUAUGGUUUUGGCACAAAAAGUAUUGCAAUAAACAGCAAAAUAUGUGACAAAACCAUUUAAUGUGCCCACUCUGGUCUUGGCACAUGCGCUCUACCCACUGGGGACAGACGUAAAUUCAAUGUCUAUUCAGCGUUGGUUCAACGUCAUUUCAUUGAAACAACUUUGAUUCAACCAGUGUGUGCCGGGUUGGGAGCUAAAAGCUCCGGGUAGGCUACAUGAUGAGAUAAUGGAUAAGAAUCAGAUCAACCACCAACCACCAAUCAUUAUGUCACUAGCAUAUUAAGACGUCAAUAUUUAUUGGAAAGGGCAUCAAGCUCAUCAACAUGCACUGGGAGGACCACACAACAUAGCAUCGCGUGACUGCAAAUUCACCGUGACAUGAUAGUUAUUACGCAAAAAACUGUUUCCACUGCCACUUAUCGAAUGAUUUAACCAACAAAAAAUUGUCCACCCGUCAAAUGUAUUUUUUUAUUCGAUAUUUAGGAAAGUUUAUUGACAAUUUGGAAACAUGGUUAAUGCGUCUGGCUGCAAGCCCGACGUAGGUACAGUUAUGACAACAGCCAGCUCAAGUGCAGGGCGCGAAAUUCAAAAUAUAUAUAUUUUUAAUAUUUAACUUUCACACAUUAACAAGUCCAAUACAGCAAAUGAAAGGUACACAUCUUGUGAAUCCAGCCAACAUUUCCGAUUUUUAAAAUGUUUUACAGCGAAAACAGCACGUAUAUUUAUGUUAGCUCACCACCAAAUACAAAAAAGGACAGACAUUUUUCACAGCACAGGUAGCAUGCACAAAGCCAACCUAACUAACCAAGAACCAACCAAACUAACCAACAAACAACUUCAUCAGAUGACAGUCUUAUAACAUGUUAUUUAAUAAAUCUAUGUUUUGUUCGAAAAAUUUGCAUAUUUCAGGUAUAAAUCAUAGUUUACAUUGCAGCUACAAUCAGAAAUUGCACCGAAAGCAGCCAUAAUAAUUACAGACACCAACGCCAAAUACCUAAAUACUCAUCAUAAAACAUUUCUGAAAAAUACAUAGUGUACAGCAAAUGAAAGACAGGCAUCUUGUGAUUCCAGCCAAUAUUUCCGAUUUAUUAAGUGUUUUACAGCAAAAACACAAUAUAGCGUUAUAUUAGCUUACCACAAUAGACAGAAACACAAGCCAUUUCCCAGUAGCAAAAGUUAGCGAUCGUAACAAACCAGUAAAAGAUAUAUAAUUUUUGACUAACCUUGAUAUUCUUCAUCAGAUGACAGUCCUAUAACAUCAGGUUAUACAUACACUUAUGUUUUGUUCGAAAAUGUGCAUAUUUAGAGCUGAAAUCAGUGGUUAUACAUUGUGCUAACUUAGCUACUAUUUCCCACAACGUCCGGAUAUUUUUCUGACACUUUAUCUGACACACAUAUUCUGACCAAAUAGCUAUUCAUAAACAUAACUAAAAAAUACAUGUUGUAUAGGAAAUGAUAGAUACAUUAGUUCUUAAUGAAAUUGCCGUGUUAGAAUUCUAAAAAUAACUUCAUUACGACAUCCAGCUUCGGUAUAGCUAGAGUACCCAAAAGCUGGGCGCCGACGACUAGUUCACAUGUACGACAGAUAUAUGAAAUAGCAUCAUAAAAUGUUUCCUACUUUUGCUGAUCUUUCAUCAGAAUGUUGGACAAGGGGUCCUUUGUCAAGAACAAUCGUUGUUUGGAUUUAGAACGGCCUCUUUCCCUCUCGAUUUAGCAAGCACACUAGCCAAGUGGCACGAAUCUCUCCAUCGUCAACAAAUUUAGAGAACGGAACAUGGCAAAACUCCUGAAAAAAUUUCAAUAAUCUGAUUAAACUAUAUUGAAAAAACAUACUUUACGAUGAUAUGGUCACAUGUAUCAAAUAAAAUCAAAGCCGGAGAUAUUAGUCGUCCAUAAUGGCAGCUAAACAGAAGGGAAAUCCAGGUUCCUUCUCGCGCCUUCCUGAAAACAGGAAAUGGGUGACAUGUCAUACAAAGAGCUUUUAUUCCACUUCAGACCAAGAUAAACACUCCAUUUCUUCUCUCACCAUCUCUUGGCAUCCAGGGGAAGGUGUAUGAGGUGCAUGUAUACUAAUACGUAUCAUGCCCAAUUAUAGGCAGGACCCAGAACAGAGCCUCGAUUUCAGACUUUCCACUUCCUGGUCAGGAAGUUUGUGCCAAAUGAGUUCUGUUUUACUCACAGAUAUAAUUCAAACGGUUUUAGAAACUUGAGUGUUUUCUAUCCAAUAGUAAUAAUAAUAUGCAUAUUGUACGAGCAAGAAUUGAGUACGAGGCCGUUUGAAAUGGGCACCUUUUAUCUGGCUACUCAAUACUGCCCCUGCAGCCCAAACAGGUUAAUGCGCCAAUAGACGAUUUGAAACAGAAAUAUGUUAGGCUAUCUGACCUGGUGGUCAGUUAAGAGCGUAGGCCAGCAACUAACAGGUCACUGGUUCAAAUCCUUGAGCUGAAUAGAUUAAACAUCUGUUGAUGUGUCCUUGAACAAAGCACUUAACCCUAGUUGCUCUGGAUAAGAGUGUCUGUAAAUGACUAAAAUGUAAAUUCAUUCAUCAGUACCGGAGUUUUAGAUAGAACACUAAAGCAUCUUUAGCUAAAACACUAGCUCCAGCACUCAGAGGAUCUGUCAGCCAUUACUUAGAGUGUGUUGCUGGGAAGGCCUUGUCCAUCACUCAUCAUUACUAAUGUAUUUACAGCAGCUGGAGUGGAGGCUAGGGCAGAUUUAAGGCAGGCUGUCAGUAGGGAGAGCACGGAAAUCAACUGCUCCUGAUUGAAAAAAGAGCUGAUUUACAACAACAGUCAUUGUCUGGUCAGGGGAGGGGUCUGACAGCUUUUAAAGAGAGAAAAGACAUCUCAAUCAUUUAGAAUCUCUGCGUGAGCGGCCUGGAGUUGGCAAUGCAAAGUGAAUACACCUAUGUGCUACGCAAUUUACUAUUGCCUUCAAUUCAAUUGUCAUUCACUUAUGGUCAGUUAUGAUAUGGUUUUACAUUACAACUAUUCUGUGUAGGUUGUAGAUCAGCAAUAACAGGACUUUUACAUUUACCGGCUUGUCUUUCUCGCAUCUCUCUGGUUUGACACUAGCACGACUUUGCACUCUAGCACGUGCGCGCACUCUCUCCCUCUCUCUGUCUCUCUCUGUCUCUCUGUCUCUCUCUCUCUUUCUCACUCUCUUACUCUCUCUCUCUCGCUCUCUCUCUCUCCGUCCUCCAUCAGUAGAGCCUUGUGUCCCCCUGAGAGGGGAGAGACAUCUAUGAUAAUUGGAUUGACAAGGGCACCGCGACACUGAGUACAAAUUGUUUUACAUGACACCGCGCUGAUGACACCCCUGACACUCCUCGCACACUAUCAGCAGGACAAACAAACACCCCUGUAAUGCAGUUAUGAUAACUCUCUGAUGCAAUAGUACAUCAUAACAUUACAUCACAGGCAAGCAGGGGUGAGGAUGUAAUCGACUCUUUGUCCAUCCUUGGUGGACCUCUCGCUCUCUCCACCCCUCCCCCUUCUCGCUCUUUCUCUUUCUCUCUCUCUCCUUCUCCCUCUCCCCUCUCUGUUCAUUUCUUUAGCUGUGCAUUCAGCAAAUCUUUAGGUAUCCAUUAGAGGGUUAUUACACUAUCCAGUAAAAGAGCAAUUCAGAUACGACAGCUCUGCUGAGCUCCACACUAUAGAUGGAGCACCGAGUGCUUUCAGGGCAGAUUGCAGCCGCCUGCCGACGGGCCUCUCUGUGCAUAUACGGUAGAUCACCACCUGACAAAGGCUAAUUUAGAUUAAAAAGAUCUGCUUCCACUGCAACCUCCGCCAGACCCGACACAUCCUUCUUGACUUGGACUAGUUCGUAAAGUCACCCAUCUUAAAAAGGAAGGAUUCUCUUUUCGACCUACACGUUUAGUUUAUGAAGGUCAUGUCAUAAUAUAGGUAGCCAUGCUGUGACUGGGGUGCUCCUGGGUGAAAUUAUCAAUAUUGGCUUGAGUGGAACUAUCUGUUGGUGUCAGGGGACAGUUGGUAAGAUGUUGACUCAAAGACAGUUUGACUGGAUGAAGAAUUAGAUGCAAGCUGUCCUCUCAACUUCAAUUUGGACAAAUCGAGCCUGAAAACGUGAUCUCUGUGGCUUUCCAUGACAAUGGUGAAGGUAUGAUUGAAUACUCACUAUGCUAAGAGAGACAGAAGCCUGGUAUAGGCUGUGUAUUACUUGAAGAAGCCACUAAGAAAGCUGCGUUGAACCUUGUUCUUCAUCUUUGUCUUCGUUUUCUGCUUCUUGAGAGUGAGGCUGACUAAGGUCAGGGUGUUACUUCUGGGAAGUGUUGAUGCGUCAGCGGAGUCCGCGGACAGGUCUCGAUGCUAUCAACAGAUUAUCACACUGACACUUCCUGAUUUACUGACACUUAUACUGAACUUUUUGAUGUGCCAGUCCUCCUGUAGGCAUUGUGUAAUGUCCAGAAGUUGUACAUGCUGCUUACUAGCUACUAUAUACUGUUUGAUGUCACUCACCAGGAUAUCUCUCCCACAGGUGGAGGUUCUGGAUGGCAGGACCAGGAAACAGCUUUGUUUUCUAGAUAAGGUGGAGCCCCAUGCUACAAUAGGAGAAAUCAAGAGUCUUUUUCACAAGUCAUAUCAACAGUUGUAUCCAGCCAGACAGGACCUCAAGCUCGACCCCAAAGGAAAAUCACUGAGGGAUGACGAUGUAUUACAAAAUCUACCAGUUGGGACCACAGCAACCAUAUAUUUUAAGGACCUGGGUCCACAGGUCGGGUGGACAAUGGUGUUUUUAGCGGAGUACUUUGGUCCUCUGUUUAUCUACCUCCUGUUCUACUUCCGAGCUCCGUACAUCUACUCACAACAGGAUGUGUUCACCUCCAGCCCCUACUCAGUGGUCACACUAGCCUGUGCCUGUCACACCUGCCACUACAUCAAGAGGUUGAUUGAGACUAUCUUUGUGCACCGGUUCUCCCAUGGUACCAUGCCUCUCAGGACUAUAGUCAGGAACUGUGUAUAUUACUGGGCCUUCUCGGCAUGGUUGGCCUUCUACAUCAACCAUCCACUCUAUACACCUCCAUCAUAUGGGGAUAUGCAAGUGAACUAUGCACUGGCCAUAUUUGUGCUCUGUGAGUUAGGGAAUUUCUCCAUUCAUGUGGCCCUGAAUAACCUCAAGGCAGAAGGUGGGCCCAAGUGCAGAAAGUUCCCUCACCCGACGAAGAACCCAUUCACAUGGCUGUUCUUCUUCGUGUCCUGCCCCAAUUAUACCUACGAGGUAGGAGCCUGGGCGAGUUUCUCUGUCAUGACCCAGUGUCUACCAGUGGCCUUGUUCACCUUCUUAGCUUUCAUCCAGAUGACCAUCUGGGCCAAAGGGAAGCAUAAAACCUACUCCAGGGAGUUUAAGGACUACCCUCACCUGCGCAUGCCAAUCAUCCCGCUCCUCCUCUGACCACGCUACAAAGGUUUACCAUUCUGACUGGAGUAUUGGGGGCUUCAGCCUGCUUGAAAGGUUGUGAUGAUUAGUGGGUUAUUGUGUUUCUCACAAAGCAAGAAGACCCACUGCUCCUUCAUCUAUCGCCAUGGCAAUGGUCUGUUAUCUUUUCAACAACAGCUAUGCAAGGAUAGACUAUGCCAUUGUCUUAGAAAGAGGAGCAAACGAACCGUGUUAAAGAUGCAUAGACAUGGAGUAUUGUUGACGUGUGGAUGACCUUUUAAUGAAUAUAUAAUAGUGAAUUGACAGAAUGGAAUGUCUCAUCUCAACAAUACUGUUGAUGAGCUGCUAAUGAGAAUUUCUGCAUUGAUAAUGUUAAGUUCAAUCAUUGUAACACUGCUAUAUUAACGAGUUAUUGGUAUUAGUCCUGUUACUGAUCAGGAUUGAUUGACUGUUACAAUGCAGCUACUGAAUGUUCCGACAAUUGUUGGCAUUCUUAGUCUACAGAGAGUGGAAAUCAUCCGAAAACGAUGAAGUUAUGACUAUAUGAUUGAAGUUCUAUAUAAUCUACCAUAUUAUUUAGUAAUAAGUUAUUGUGCAUUUCCUAGAGGAAAUGUGUGCGGGUGUAACUUGAUAUGAUAGACCUGUUAAGGAAGUCUUUAUUAUGGCUGAAGUGUAACGGGGCUAUUUUCAGUAGGGAAAGCUGAGUGUGAUACUGAGAAGUGUUCUAGAACCAGGAAAAUGGAACUUAGAACUAGCAGAUGUCUAAGUUUAAGCUGAUUAUUUCCCCCUCUACAAUGAAGCUGUAUAUGUUUGAAUGUAACGAACAACCUGAUGGUUUUAACUUUGUCAGACAGUUGAGGAUAAUUCAGUAAUGUAUUACUGCAUAUAUCGUUCAAGAUAACUACAAUCUGUCAAAUUCUCAGGUGUUACUAGAUGCAACAGGUACUGUUUACAUACUGUACAAAUUAUAGCCAAACCUGUUUUGUAUACAAAGUGUAAAUAUCAAAUAAAUAAUUUGGAUCAUUUCAAAGAUAA